AUGAAAACCGUUUUACCAGCGCAAUUUUCAUAAAUUCGUUUUGUAACAUAGCAUGAAAUGCGAUUGUGCGAUCUGUAAAGUCUUCAGUUUGGUUGGCACGAACAGAGACUGAUUGCAGGUUUUUGUCAACACACAGGGUCAACAGCUCCACAUGCUACCGGGUAUGCGGUUCUGUAUGCCCUCCGCGGCAGCUCUAUUCGGAUCGUUGUGCCAUGGCUGUCGCAGCCGGGCGCGUAGUUUGUCAUUCCGGGGCUGUAGUUGGUCACCCAGACAGAACAGCCGGUGGAACAGUCAGGAUUCAAGUCAAUCUACUGCAGAGAACCCACGAAUUCUCAUCACAGGAGGCCUUGGCCAGUUAGGUGUGGGGCUUGCAGAAAUCCUGAGGAAACAGUACGGAACAGAAAACGUUAUCCUAUCGGAUAUUAAGAAGGCUCCACCAGAAGUGUACAGAAGUGGCCCGUUUGUGUAUGCUGACGUGUUGGACUAUAAGAACCUCAGAGAGUUGGUGGUGAAUAACCGCAUCACCUGGCUGGUGCAUUACAGCGCUCUACUCAGUGUUGUAGGAGAGGCCAAUGUGGCCCUGGCACGCAAGAUCAAUAUCACAGGCCUUCAUAAUGUGCUGGACCUGGCUCUGGAGAGCUGCUUACGUCUCUUUGUCCCUAGCACCAUCGGAGCUUUUGGCCCUUCUUCUCCCCGUGACCCCGCACCUGACCUGUGUGUCCAGAGGCCUCAUACCAUUUAUGGGGUGUCCAAAGUGCACGCCGAACUGAUGGGGGAGUAUCUACAUCACAAGUAUGGACUGGACUUCCGCUGCCUACGCUAUCCUGGCAUCAUCUCAGCUAACACACAGCCUGGGGGAGGAACAACAGACUAUGCUGUCCAGAUUUUUCACGAUGCACUCAGCACAGGUCACCACGAGUGCUAUUUACGCGCUGACACACGUCUGCCCAUGAUGCACAUUGGUGACUGCCACCGUGCGACUGUGGAGUUCAUGCAUGCCCCGGAAUGCCAACUGUCGCUGCGCACGUACAACAUCGCUGCCAUGAGCUUCACCCCCGAGGAAGUUUCCACGGAAAUACGCAAGCACCUGCCCCACCUCAAGGUCACCUAUAACCCUGACUCUGUCCGCCAGACCAUUGCGGACAGCUGGCCAGUGAGGUUUGAUGACUCCAAUGCACAGAGAGACUGGGGCUGGAAGUCGACCUAUGGGCUUGAGGAGCUCGUCUCAGACAUGCUAAGCUCCAUCCAUGACAAGAAGACCAAUGCCGGACUGCCAGUCAGCUAGCAGGCCCAACUCACAUAGACUGACCUGCCAAUCACUAUUCCCUUAAAUCCACUUAUUCUGGGUCUGCAUAUCACAACAGACCCUCUUUAACCUUAGCAUAAUUUCCAAACAAGGAACCUUUUGUAUGUCAG